UUACUACAUUUCCCAUGAUGCAGCGCGAGCAGUGGAGAGUUCAUGGUCAGAGUGAAGGAAUGCGCCAUAGAUAUAUAAAUAAAAAAUUUUAAUUCAUCCACAUCAUAAACAUGACCUCAAAUAUUACAGACGCCUCGCAGGACGAGCUGAUCAAUUUAAUAUAUCACCAUUUAAAGGACAACGGCUACGAGAAAGCAGCUAACGUGCUGAGAAAGCACGCACCCCAGGUUGAAACUGAAGAAGUGAAGGCAUCCUUGAGUGAGAUCUUUAAGAAGUGGGCAAGCUUGGAUGAUGGAGAUAUUCCUCCGGUGCCUUCUGGUGUUCAGAGUCCUGCAAAGAGCAAGACAGGCUCUUCAGCUAUAACCGAGUCUAAGGUCACAGCCCCCUCUGCUGUAGUUGGUCCAAAAAAUUCUGUGAGCAACAAGAAGACUUCAGGAUUGGCAAAAAAAUCAACGAAAAAGAAGAAAAAAGAAACAAAACCAAGGAAAAGAAAAAAGUCCACGUCUGAAGAUGUUUCAGUGCCUCUUUUGGUCGUUGCCUCUCCAGGGAACAACUCCGAUUCAGACUCUAGUUUAGAUGUGGACAAGUGGAGGAAAAUACUUUCUGAGUUAUCAGAUGCCGAUCGAGCAAAGAUGGACAUUCUCUCAAUCUUGGAUGAAACUCCUGUCUCCUCACCUGCAAAGUCUUCAGCAAAGGGAAAGACGGCAAAGAAGCCAGCAAGAGCUAAAAAGGAGGGCGACUCCAAAAUCCAAAAGUCCAAUACACCAGCAAAGAAGGCGAGUGCCAAACCUGACAUUUCUGUAACGACCGAUGCAUCUGAGACUCCUUCAAAAAAGUCGAAAGACAAAGAUGCUGCAGCAGUUUCUGAUCAUGAAGUUAAGACACCAUCCAAAAAGACUGGGAAUAAGAAAAAUAGUAGUAAUGUUGAAACUGACUAUAGUACCUUAAAUAAUAAAGCGGUUAAGAAAGCUGCUAGCAAGCUGCUAGAAACCAACCUUAAAGUGGAAGCUACCCCUGACCAAUCAGAGACACAGUCAAAGAAACUGAAAAACAAGAAGUCUAAAAGAGUUGUAGAGCCUGUUCCUGAUGAGACGCCUUCUAAGAAGGUUAAAGUUGAGAAAACUGAAGGAACUUCUGAGAUUGACCAAGAGACGCCAUCUGAGAAAGCUGACGUCUCUCUAGAAUCCGUUAAACCUGACUCUUCAUCUAAAAAAGCCAAACUUAAGGCUAAUAAAAGCCAUUCAGAAACACUUCCAUCUAAAAAAGCUAAAGCCAAGAAGGUUAAAAGCACCGAAGAACCUGGUGAAGUGGGAACGAGCAGUAAGAAGCUCAAAACGGUCAUGUCAGAUGAUGAUCUCCUGCACUCCGACUCUACAAACAGCAUUUCGAUAAAAAGAAAAAACAAGGCUGCUGCUGAUGAUGUGGAGAUCCAGAAUGAUGUUCCUUCAGAAACACCCUUAAAAAGUAGUAAAUCUCAAGCUAAGACUCUAGAUGGUGAUGGUUUGGGAAAUGAGGAGACCUCUAGUCAAGAUCUAAAAACUUCCAAAAAGAAAAAACACAAAAGGGAAGAAUCUUUGGAUGUCCCAGCUCCGGAGGAGGCCACGCCAGAGCCCAAGGAGGCCAAAGAGAAGAAGAAAAGCAAGGAGGGAGAAAAUGCAGAUGCUCUUCAACCACCACCAGCAGCAGCAGCAAAAGAAGAAGAAGCAUUUGUUCCUGUAGAUACAAAUCAGAAGAAAAAGAAGAAGAAGAAAGAGAAGGAGAGAGAAGAAGAAACAGAGGAGAUAAUCCCCUUGUCUGCUCCAGUUGAGGAGGUGGUAGUGCAAAAAAAGAAGAAGAUGUCUUCCGAAGAGAAGCAGUUCAGUAGUGAUGAAUCUCUUGGACUCAACGGCACAUGACAGACCCUCGACACUUCAGUUCUCAAUCUCACAAUCUCAGCUGAAAUAAUGAUUCAACCUGAACGCGUGCUCCGUGCCUACUGUUCAUAUGUAUGCAAGUCAUUGUUUGUAGGUUUUGUAUUUUUAUUGGGAGCUACGUUUUGAGAAGUAUUUAAUAUUCUUUUUUUGUUGUUGUUGUUGUUGUCUUAUUUUUCUAUUUUUGAUAGAACUGGACUUCCUGUGAUUAAAAAGGAUUUUUACGCCUUUUGUAUUCUUUAUAAAAAAAAAAUCUUUUUUUAAAUCAUGAUUCAAGAAAAAAAAUCUAAUUGUUUUAUUUUAGUUUUGAUUAUAUGUUUUAUUUUAUUUAUUUUCUUAAUAAAAAAAAAAAGUACAAAUGCUUAAGAUCAAGCACUUAAUUCUAUAAAUGUCAUUUUGAGCACAAAUUUGUGCCCAUUAAGAAAAAAUUGUAUUUGUCUUUAUUUGUGUGUGAGUCUGAUUCAAAAUACACAUCAGAUGGGUU